GCGACCUGCGCAGGAGAAGCCCACCCUCCACCCCGUCCAGACCGCGAUGCCGGCCCCGCCCUGCGCCUCCUGCCAGAAGGCCCGCGCCGCGCUCCGCCGCCCGCGCUCGGGCCGCGCGCUGUGCGGCGCCUGCUUCUGCGCCGCCUUCGAGGCCGAGGUGCUGCACACGGUGGAGGCGGGCCGCCUGCUGCCGCGCGGCGCCGUGGUGGCCGUGGGCGCGUCGGGCGGCAAGGACUCCACGGUGCUGGCGCACGUGCUGCGCGAGCUGGCCCCGCGCCUGGGCGUCGCGCUGCGCCUGGUGGCGGUGGACGAGGGCAUCGGCGGCUACCGCGACGCGGCGCUCGCGGCCGUGCGGCGCCAGGCGGCGCGCUGGGGGCUCCCGCUCACCGUGGUGGCCUACGCCGACCUCUUCGGGGGCUGGACGAUGGACGCCGUGGCCCGCAGCACCGCCGGCUCGGGCCGCAGCCGCGCCUGCUGCACCUUCUGCGGGGUGCUGCGGCGCCGGGCGCUGGAGGAAGGGGCGCGCCUCGUGGGAGCCACGCACAUCGUGACGGGCCACAACGCGGACGACAUGGCGGAGACGGUGCUCAUGAACUUCCUGCGCGGCGACGCGGGCCGGCUGGCGCGCGGCGGGGGCCUGGGCUCGCCGGGCGAGGGGGGCGCCCUGCCGCGCUGCCGCCCGCUGCAGCUGGCCUCGCAGAAGGAGGUGGUGCUGUACGCGCACUUCCGCCGCCUCGACUACUUCUCCGAGGAGUGCGCGUACGCGCCCGAGGCCUUCCGCGGCCACGCGCGCGACCUGCUCAAGCGGCUGGAGGCGGCGCGCCCGUCGGCCGUGCUGGACCUGGUGCACUCGGCCGAGCGCCUGGCGCUGGCCCCCGCCGCGCGGCCCCCGCCCCCCGGCGCCUGCUCCCGCUGCGGGGCGCUGGCCAGCCGCGCGCUCUGCCAGGCCUGCGCGCUCCUGGACGGCCUGAACCGCGGCCGGCCCCGCCUGGCCAUCGGCAAGGGCCGCCGGGGGCUGGACGAGGAGGCGCCGCGGGCCCGGGAGCCCGAGGGGGGCCCGGCCCCGGCCUCCUCCCAGGCCGUGCCCACCUUCUAGUGAGCCCAGGACCCCAAAACUGGAUUUGCCACCCACCCCCGUGUCUCUGUGACGGGCCAGGGCCGGCCCAGUGGACUGCGAGACCUCGGGCUGAGAACUCAGAGCUCGGUGCCCGGGUCAGUGACCCAGCCUCCCCGGGCAUCUGUCUCCACAUCUAAAGGAGGAAUCUAAGCACUUCUGGAAAGUUCCACAGCGUGCGCAUUAGUGUGUGCGAUCUGACUGUCCACGUGAGGGUGUGACCUCCAGGCUGGCGGGGGCACACUGGUGUUCCCAGCCCCACCCUCAGCCUUCGCUGGGCUGCUCCCUGGUCAAAAGAUCAUCCCUUCCCGCCUUCCUGCUCAAAUCCUUCAGGGCCCUGCUUGAGCUGCUGAUUCUCUUCUAUUUUUAAAAGACUUAAUGAGACAUUUUAGUCUCUGUAUAAUUUUUCCAAAAGUCCAUUAACACAUGUCCAUUCAGACUCAACCACAUUUCCCAAGCUCGGGAAGGCGCUGUUCGCAUCGCUGGCACUAGAGGUCACUAUGCCUACGCCUUGCAUACGGGCACUGCCUGUCUCGCAGUCUCCCUUUUCCCCGGCCCACCAGGAAGCUCUGCUCACUCCUGCCAUCUCCCCAGGGGGGUCGUUGCAACAAGGCCCCCAGGGUGACACAGUCUGACCUUAAGGUCCCCAUAUAAACACUGGGCCCAUAUUUUCAUUUAUGCCACAAACAAGAACAAUGUGUCCACAGGGAUAAACUGGGGGAGGCAUGUACUUAUAAGCAUGCACACCAUAUGGGUAAGUGGAGUGGAUGGGGGAGACAAGGUACCCUGUGGGAGGAGGCAGGGAGCUCUUCAGAUUUGGGGGGAGUGCUCCUGGCAGAGGAACAGCCAGUGCCCACUCAAAAGCAGGGGAAGGGUGAGUGGGGAGAGAUGGCACAGGCACGACUUAGGUUUUGAGACAGAGCCGCAGAGGAGUUUGCGCAGAAGUGAUCAGGAUUGUCCUUUAUUCACACAGCAAACAUUUACCAGCAGUUCCCUGGAGCCAGGCACUGCUUGGGGCGGGGGUGGGGGGGGGGAACAGCUGAGUCAGCCCUGGCCUAUCCUGCCCUCAGCAGGCUGCCUGUCUGGUGAAGGAGGCCAGACACUGACAGUGGCAAGUCAAAACCCAGGACACGUGGCACCCUGGGGCUUACUAAGGGGGAAGCCCCAGGUGGACUUUCGACUGAGGUGAUAGGGCAUCCAGGAGGGUUUAGAGCAGACAGGGCUAACUCAGGGUGUCAGAAAGAAUAUUCUGGAGCUGUGACCAAGAAAAUUGUAGGGAGAGGAGGACUUACAGACCAGAAGAUCAAGGAGAAGGCAAAACUGAGGUAGCAAGGGGGAGGUGAUGGUGGAGGCAGGUGAAGACUGUUCCAGAAACUUUCACCAAGGCUUGUGUGUCUUGUAAGCAUAAGCGUGCCAGGAGCAAAUGGCUGUGGACACGAGAGGCAUCUCGCCUAAAUGGAACAGAAACAGAGAUAGUGCCACUCAGGCAGAGGCCACCGCAACAUGGGGUGUGUGAUGAGGGAGGCACCAGAGGCAUAAGGGUGGAGGGGGCUCUGCUGGCACGUGUGUGCUUGCUUCACGCAGCUCCUGUGUAAACACAAGGGACGCUUCGUCCUUGGUGAGUGUGGUGGUGGGUGUGCGAAAGGAGCUGAGGAAGCUCCCCCUUAGUAAGCCCCAGGGUGCCCUGGGGUCCCACACCCUGGGGUCAGAGCAUUCUCCCUGCAGGAAUUUGGAGCCCACUCUCAGAAAACAUGGGCUUCCCCACUUUUCCCUCUGUACUCUCCUGAGGCUGGGUAAUGAGAAAACUGCCAAGCCUGAAGAGGUAGAGGUAGGGGUGUUCUCUCCUUUUAGAGAGAAGACUGAUAAUGUCACUCAUUCAGACUGUCACAGAAAUCUGGCUGCAUGCCAAGUACUGGGAUGGGCUUGGGGGAUUUCUGCAGACAAGAGUCCUACCUUUGUGAAGCCUCAGUUCUAGUAAGAGAGAUGUUUCUUCAUCCCAUAAGCGUUUAUUGAACACCUACUAUGUGUCAUGUCACAGAAGCUAGCAGAUAAAAUGGGUGUAAUUCCUGCCCCAUCAGAAAUUGACACUCAAGUUUAACAGAUGACUCCUAAAAGCAAGAAAAUAAAACAUGAAGGGCAUCCAAGAGUGACAGUACCAUGAGAGAAUAAAAACAAUGGCAUGGGCCUCCCUGGUGGUGCAGCAGAUUGAGCAUAGCGCUGUGAAGCUGUCCACAGCCUCUGCAGCGCGGGUUCGAUUCCCGGCCGGCCAGGGAGAUACCCACAUGGUGUGGCAGACCUCUCCUGUCUCGCCCACUGCUCCCCUCAGCAGUGUCUUUGGUCUGUCUGCCUGUUCUGCUCCCCCCCUCUCUCUGGUGAAUUCUCUCACCCUCCCACACCUCUCACCUGUACCCCAGUUCUUGUAUAAAUAAAUAACUCUUAAAAAAAAAACAAUGGCAACACUAAACAAGGAAGUAAACGCAUAAAGAAGUUAUAGAUUGAAGUAGGACACAGAAAGGAAACCAACCAAGGGCUGCGUUUCUACCAGAAGGAAAUGUCUACUCCAGUGAAGGUGAUUCUCAAGCUCAGAUUUGACGGAUGGUCGUGGACAGAGAGGUAGAAGCAUAUUCCAAGCUGGGGGAACUGCAAAAAUAAAGGCCCUGAGGUGGGAACACACCCAUCAGGUCAAUAAAACCGAAGUCCAAGGGGGUGAAGCCCAGGGCAUGAUGGAGCUAUGAGGCUGGAGAGAGGGACAUGUUUAGCCAGACAUAGAGUGCCUUGCAGACAUUUAGACUUUUAUUAUAAUUGUAGCUGGAAAUCAUGGAUGGGUUUUAGGCAGGUUUUAACAUGAUACUGUUUCAUGUUUUGAGAGCACACUGGCUGCCGGAGAAUGGACUG